AUGGCGUCCCUCACCAUGCCCACGUCCUUCUUUGGCGGCGCCGCCGGUGUCUCCGAGAGGUCGUCGCCGGCGGCGAGCCGCCGCCGGUUACUGGUUGUGAAGGCAGUGAGGCCAGAGGCCCAGGGCUGCGCUGCUGCGGCGGAGGCGGAGGGAGCCCGGGGAAGGAGGGCAGCCAUUCUAGCCGUAGCUGCGGCCGCCGUCAGCGCCGUUGGGGCGGCGCAGAACGCCGCCAUGGCCGACGACGAGCCCAAGAAGGGGACCCCGGAGGCCAAGAAGAAGUACGCCCCCAUCUGCGUGACGAUGCCCACGGCCAGCAUCUGCCGCAAGUAA